AUGAAGGAAGAAUUGGAAAAAUUAAAAAGUGGAGAAGAAAAAAUAAUAUUUUUUAAUAAAAAGGAGGAAGAAAAUGAAGAAAAAAUGCCAAAAAGUGAAGAAAAACAUGUUGAAGUUGAGGAGGGAGAAGGAAAUGCGCAUUUGGGGACAUUUGCGAUUUUAGAAGCAAUCUACAAAGGAAAAAAUGGAUUUGGUGAAGGAGAACAAGUAUAUCUUGAUUGGUCAAAUAUAUUAAAAAUUCAGAUUGAUUUAGAGAAAAAACGUCUUAAAUUAAUAAAAAAGACAGAAAAACGUAUUUUUGAUAAAAUAUGUUCACAUUUAUGGAAAAUAAUUAAAAGUAUUGAAAGAAAAAUUUGGUUCGAAAAUUUGUGGUUUGUGAGGUUAUUUACUAAAAAUUUAAUUAAAAAAACUAAAAAUGAUGAUUUGAUUGAUGAGAAAAAUAAAACAAAAAAAGAAUUUGAAGAAAUUGAACAAAUUUUGGAUGAAAAUUUUGAGAAAUUAAAGUCUUUGGAAAAGCUGGGAAAAACUUCAAUUGAACAAAAAAUUUCAAUAGAAAUUUCUGAAAAAUCAAAAAAGAUAGAAGAUAAUUUAAUAGAAGAGUUGGAUAAAUUGCCUGAUAUGAAAUUAAAGGAAAAACGAAUUGAAGAAUUUAAAAGUAUAAAUUCUUUUUAG